GCCAUGGCUUCGGCUCACAUUUUCCCCUCCUCUCAGAAGUCCGUUACGUUCAUGCUGCGUCUCCUUUCGGUCACUCGAGACCGUUCUUUCUUGCCCCCACUCUCGUUCUCUCCUCUCAGUCUCUGAGAAUCCUAACCGUUACUUCUUCUUACUCCGCUUCUUUGAAUUAUCUCAGCUCUUGAUUUCGCUGGAAAUCGGAGAAAUAUGGCAGCAGUGGCUAUGCACUGAAAGAAAAAGAAAGAGCGCGCAAUGCCGGAGUCGAGGACGCAUCAAGUCUUGGAGAUCAACUUGAUCUCCGCACAAGAUCUAAAACCGCCUACGUCUCCGCGGCGAAGGCUGCAAACCUACGCCGUGACCUGGGUCGACCCUUUCACCAAGCUCAGAACCCGUGUCGAUCAAAUCGGCUGCGAGAACCCUACUUGGAACGACAAGUUCCUCUUCCGCGUCUCACCGCAGUUCCUUGCCAGCGAGACUUCCGCAGUCUCCGUGGCCAUCUACUCCGUAGGUCUUCUCCGCGAUCAUUUGAUCGGCACUGUGCGGUUUCUCGUUAGUAACAUUCUCCGCUCCGGCAGUGAUAGCGACGGCGACUCUAUCAGGACGCCGUCCUUUUGCGCACUGCAGAUACGCCGUCCCUCGGGGAGUUUCCAGGGCGUCAUGAACAUUGGUGCGAUGGUGUUAGAAGGCUCGGAUUUCCCGGCACUUGAUGGGAUUUCAGCGAUUGGUUACAGGGACCUCAUGGGUGAGAAAGCCCACAACCGCGAGAAACAAUACGAUGACAAGAAAAAGUCGAAAUCGAAGCACGCAGACGAGCUGUCCAGCGAAUCUUGUGAGAAUUCUUGCGCCGAUUCUAUGGAUUUAUCGGACGACGCGAAAUCAUCGACUUCAUCUUCGUCCUCAGCGUCUACAGCUCUGAAAGAUUGGAACGGAGUGAGAGAAUUGGCAGGAAACAAGGGUCUGAAGUCACCGGGAUUCUUGUGCGGCUUGUUGACUCAAAGAAGGUUCCAUCUGAGUUCGACAAACCUGUACAUGAGCUCCGAGACCGGAGAUAUGGAAAUGUAAAGAAACGUCCGGAGAGUAUAUGAAAUUUCGAUAAACAAGGACUCGAAGUUAAUGCAGAUGGACGGUGCAGAGAAUCUCGUGGACUCGGAAAGUCAAGCUGCUGAAUGAUAGAGAUGACCGUAGCUGGUGAAUUGAAAUCGUCUCUUUCUAUGUCCUUCUUUCCCAUUUUUGUGCACUGUUUUCUGGGGUUUUUUUGUCAUGUGGAACCAGACUACGUUGUGAAGUUCUUGCUUGGUGAUUUCAACCUCUUGUUAGUGUGAACCUCACCCACAUGUGCACUUUUCUCUCCGGUUGAUUAACUACGUGAUAAUGCACAUAAUGCUCUCAAAACUUUCGAAUAGGAGCGAGUGGCCGUUAAUUACAGUUUGUCAUUAAUCCAUGCUUCCUUUGAAGAAUUUUGGACAAAAACAUCUUGGAAUAUCAGUCUGGUUAGGAUUGUAGUUUGCAACACAUAACACUCCCCAAACUCUGAAAUACAGUGAAACAUUUUGCUUCAAAUUAUUUAUCGUGUGUUUUGUUACGUUUUGACGUUUAGAUUUUAUUUCUUCGUGCUUGAAUGUUAUAAGGAGUUGAUUUAC